GAGAGAGAGGAGAGGAGGAGAGAGAGAGAGGGAAGGAGGGAGGAGAGAAGGAGGAGAGAGAGAGGGGAAGAAGUCAGAAAGUUAGCCAGACUCGGCAAAAUCCACAAACUGGCAAUGCAAUCAGAUCUAGCAUCCAGACUCCAAAGUUAACAUCGACUCCCGACGAGCUGAACACGAAUCCACUCACUUCCUUGUCUCCUCUCCGCUGUCUUCUAGGAGUGUCAGACGGACCUGGAUGGCCCUGGGUCAGUCCGGAUUGUAACCCUGGGUCUCUGAAGCCUCUGCCGUCUCCUGAUCUCUCAAAACCGAAGCACUUUUUUUCAAGAUGGCCGCCAACCGGGAUCAGCAGGUGCGUCACAUGACCGGCUUCCCGCGCUCCAUGUAUCCGUUCAGCUUUAACUCCAUGAGAAGCCACUCCCCCUUCGACCUCCUGGCCAGCGCUCACCUGUUUGGAAGAUUCGGAGCCGACCUGCCCAAAGAGAUGGCGGCGCUGUCGGUGGAGACUCAAAGCACCAGUUCAGAGGAGAUGGUCCCCAGCUCUCCGUCUCCUCCACCUCCUCCUCGGGUCUACAAACCCUGCUUUGUGUGCCAGGACAAGUCCUCGGGAUAUCACUACGGCGUCAGCUCCUGUGAGGGCUGCAAGGGCUUUUUCCGGCGUAGCAUCCAGAAGAACAUGGUGUACACGUGUCACCGAGACAAGAACUGUCAAAUCAACAAAGUCACACGGAACCGCUGCCAGUACUGCCGCCUGCAGAAGUGCUUUGAGGUCGGCAUGUCCAAAGAAGCGGUCCGAAACGACAGGAACAAGAAAAAGAAGGAGGUGAAGGAGGAGGUGGUGGUGCCAGAGAGCUAUGAGCUGAGCGGAGAACUGGAGGAGCUCGUCAACAAAGUCAGUAAAGCUCAUAAGGAAACAUUCCCCUCCCUGUGUCAGCUCGGAAAGUACACCACGAACUCCAGUGCAGACCAGCGUGUGCAGUUGGACCUGGGUCUGUGGGAUAAGUUCAGCGAGCUCUCCACUAAAUGCAUCAUAAAGAUCGUGGAGUUUGCCAAACGUUUGCCGGGCUUCACCACCCUGACCAUCGCUGACCAGAUCACCCUCCUGAAGUCCGCCUGCCUCGACAUCCUGAUGCUGAGGAUUUGCACACGGUACACUCCAGAGCAGGACACGAUGACAUUUUCAGACGGCCUCACGCUGAACCGCACACAGAUGCAUAACGCCGGCUUCGGACCGCUCACUGACCUCGUGUUCGCCUUCGCCGGACAACUGCUGCCGCUCGAGAUGGACGACACCGAGACCGGACUGCUCAGCGCCAUCUGCCUCAUCUGCGGAGACCGGCAGGACCUGGAGGAGCCUCAGAAGGUGGACAGACUCCAGGAGCCCCUACUGGAGGCUCUGAAGAUCUACACCCGCCGCAGACGCCCAAACAAACCGCACAUGUUCCCGCGCAUGUUAAUGAAGGUGACCGACCUGCGCGGCAUCAGCACCAAAGGCGCAGAGCGAGCCAUCACCCUCAAGACGGAGAUUCCUGGCCCCAUGCCUCCGCUGAUCCGGGAGAUGCUGGAGAAUCCUGAGGCCUUUGAGGACAGCUCAGAUUCGGGAGAGAGCAGCACCCCCACCCCCCCUGGCCCACCUCCAGCCAUCCAGGCCAUAAAACAGGAGGACAAGUCCACAUAUGAGUCCCCUGCAGAGGAAGAGGAGGAAGAGGAAGAGGAGGAGGACUUUUGGGAGGAGGAGAGAGACAGAGAGAGGGGGGAGAGCGAUGGAGAGACAAGCGGGAACAAACAGUGAGGAGAGUGGAGACAGCUGAGGUUAAAGGUCCUAUAUUACACAAAAUGGAUUCUUGUGAGUUUUUAGCCAUGUUAGAAUGUUGUUACCUCAUUAAAAAUAACCAUGGAGCACUUCCUGUAUUACCACUUCAUGACAUCACACGGUGGAGUAUUUUCAGUUUGAGAAAACAACUCAGCCUAAAUAUGCAGGGUUUGUGUGUUAAACAUGUGUGAAUGAAACAAAACACAACUCCAGGUCUGUUUGUGAUGAGGAAACAAUAUUAGAACAGAUCAGAAAAUACUGUAAUAUGGGCUCUUUAAAGUGUUAUGGUGCGGUCCUGGGUUGGCACCAUUUGGUUAAUUUGGUCUUAAAAACAUGAAAAAUAGUUUGCAGUGGUCCAAAGUUAUUCCUCACUUACCUUAUGCAUUCAGAACAUGCUAAUUAUUCCCCAUGAUGAGUUCAUUAAGCAUGUCUUGCAACUUUCAGUGACGAGAACAGAGUUUACCAUGAUGGUAAAGUAAAAAUGUGUGUGCUAGCAGUGCACUUCCUGAUCAUCAAACGCUAAAACACUUUAAAAGGAGAUGCAGACAGAACACAGCAGUCUUAUUUUGACCUCAAGAGUUGCUUAUGUAAUAUACCUGUACUGGGAAAAGGACAUUUUUGCUCAAAUAAAAGGAAAAGGUACAAGGCUCACAUAUCAAUCUAAACAUACCAACCCAACCCGAACCAUGAACACUAGUGUUAGCCAGGUGAACUUUGAACCUCAAAACCUCACUCUUAUGGCUCUUAGCAACAACAUCCUCUGUAAAUAAAGACUCUACAACAACGAGGUAACAAGGAAAAGCACUAAACCUCCGGAUUGGGGUCAACUCUACAAUGUGUGCCAAAAAUUUUCAAAAAUCUGCACCAAAAAUACUGCGGAUUUGAGACUGCCACAAAAAGGGCUAACUUUGCUUUUUGGAUAUGAUUUUUGGCAAUAAUAAACAUAAGGCCCAGGUCGCCGAGAUGUAUUCCUUUACAGAGAUAUGCUACUUAUUUUUUUAUCAUGUGUUUUUGGACAUGUAUUCGUUUUGUGUGUGUUUUUUCUUGCUUAUAUUCAAUGUCCUUUUAUUUUGAAAGACUGGAGAUUACGUUAUAUAGGAACGAGGGAUGCACCGAUCCAACUGUUUGGGUUCAUCCGAUUUUGAUGCAUCCGAUUUUGGUGCUGUAGCUUUAAGUGUAGUACCUGAUAUCGACUGAUACCAGAGCAGAGACUGAACACGGGAUUUUUUCCUUUAAAACGAAAAACAAAAAAAAACCCAAGACAAAACUGAUCAAAAGUGUUACUUGAGAAAUCAUUAAAACAGUUAUGUAACUACAGAACAACGUACAAUAUGAGACUCUACUAACCAGAACCAACCCUAAUUAGCUUCCGAGAUCAGUCGAGAUCAUAGACUGUAUAUAUAAAUGGACAUAGCUAACCUGCUAGCCGCCGCGCUCCAAUUUACUUUCUAUAAAAAAAAACUGUCCCUGCUCUCUGUAACUGCUGCUGUCAGACUCGUCAUUUUGAUCUUAAAAUGUUCGUAUUAACCUGCUCUACAUGAUCUGAUAUUUUUAUUUAGCUAUUUUGUCCAUAACUCAAGAUCCAUCCAUUCAUCCAUCCAUUUUCUUCCCCUUAUCCCACAUGCCUAGAACACUUCCCCAGGGAGCCGUCCAUGACGGGCAUCCUGAGCAGAUGCCCAAGCCACCUCAGCUGGCUCCUCUCGACAUGGAGGAGCAGCGUCUCUACUCCGAGCUCCUCACCCUAUCUCUAAGGGAGCGCCCAGCCACCCUGUAAGGAAAACCAUUUUGGUAUCCUUUCGGUCAUUACUCAAAGCUCAUGAUUUAUCGGUCAAUCUACGUUCCUACCCUCACUUCUGAUCCAGAGCUUUGCCUUUUGGCUCAGCUCCUUCUUUACCACAACAGACUGAUACAGUGAUACCUGUCAAUCUCACACUCCAUCCUUCCCUCACUCGUGAACAAGACUCAAGACAUGAACAUUAAUAACAGACAGAUCAGGCACUUUCUUUUCCCGAGGUCGCUCCUGCUAGCGUUAGCAACAGGUUUGAUUGACAGUGACAGUGAGAGUGUUGCUAAGCAUCUGCUCCCUACUAAACCAGCAAUGUGAGCGGGAGGAGGCGUUAACUUAAACAGCCUCGCUCCGGAUUGGCUCUUUGGUUGCGAUGAUACUUGCGGUCAGAAUUCCUAAUAUGGAACAACCAGUGCAGUGACUGAAAACAGUACUUAUUUCCUUUAAAUAAAAUUAAAAUAAAGCUGAUCCAGAUGUGUUAUGUAGGUGUUACUUAUCCCUCAAGUAACGACAGAACAGCUUUGUACAUUAUGAGACUUUCUGGGCUAACUAUGACCAGUAAAAAGGAUUAUUACAUUAAUAUAUAUGCCCAACCAGGAUAUCGGCCAAUUCGAUAUUUGAUACCAGUGUCAGAUCGGUGCAUCCCUAAUAAAUAAGGAACAUUAGCAAUGAUACUUAGGUCAAGCCAUGAGCGGGACUCGAACAACAGUUUUUAGAAAAAUGGUCUUCUUGGUUUUUCGUCAAAAAAAUGCAAAAAUUGUGAAUCUGCAGGGUAGAUUUGAAACGACGUUACUCAGGUGAUCAGCAAUGUUUUUACACAACCUGAAAAUGAAAUGGGACUUUGAAAUAAUGCAUAGAUAGUUACAUGGAAAAACACUUGGGUAGUAGUACUAAAAAUAUGCUAUGUGUUGGUAUAAUCUCAUUUCCAUAGUUGUCAUGGUUUUUAAAUACAUUUACUGGAACAUGUUUUAAUUUUAUACCUUUAUUUAACCAGGAAACUCUUUUGAGAUUUUGAGUUUGUUCUGUAGGAGAUAUCUGGCCACGAAGGAAGCAGCCAACUCAAUACAAGAACAUGCAACUGUUUUACUGAAAUAAGCUAAAUUAUCAAAAAAGUAAAAGUUUGUCAAGAAAAUACAUUAGUUUAGGGAUAUUUUACUUGACAGGAAUUCAAAACAAAACAGUGCAAAACAGAUGUGCCAAAUGUGUAAAGUAAAAAUAAACAAAUCUAUGCAAUAAGGAUUCUAACAUAACCUUCCUUUGAACAUUAAAGUGACACUAUGUAACUUUUCUGGUAGAGGGCACAUCAUCUGCUUGUCUCCAUGGCCUGGAAUGUUUCAGAAGGUGGCAUUAACCGCACGUAUCUUGCUUCAGUUACAGGUGUUUGUAUAAUUUGCCAAAAUAAUAUAUUGAAAAACAUAAUUUUUACUGUUCACUAGAUCAGACCUGUAAUUGAUGGCGUUGCUUCCUUGUCUCCAUGGAGAUAGAUGCGUUUAUGGCCAUACUGUGGAAUAUUCAAGGCAAAGUAAUGGGUGUAGUAUCAGAUUUUUGAUACUCUUGACAACUCUAACCCAUGGAAGGUAAGCAGGUCCACAAGAAAAGUUCCUCAGUGUACCUUUAAGCUGUAAAUUAUUAGAACAUGUCAAUUUAAUUCAAAUAUUUUAGAUCAAACUAGACUUCAGACGUUCAGAAGUGUAUUAUCGACUACACUGCAAAGGUGGAAUGACCAUGUACCAUCAUUUCCAUAGUUACCUUUAUACCGUUUGUGCUAAAGUUGUGUGUAGGUGGUGCAAUAUUAAGCCAUAAGAAGCCAAAGCGUCUUCAAAACAAAAGUACAAAAUGACCAAAGAUCGUAUUUUAACACAAGCUGAAAUGAACAGUACGUUUUAUAACCUGUUUUGACACUUUGAAACCCAGCCCAGAGCUUCAGGUUGAGGAGCUGUGUUACAAACGUGCAGAUAAACGUUGGAGACAUGUUUAUAAAGUGUUUGUUGUACUUGUGUUUGGACUUAUUGUGAUAUUGUCUUUUAUGUAUUUUGAUAAAUGUGUAUUUUGUUCUCA